UACCGCCUGGGUCACCGCCGCGCGCUCUUCGAGAAGCGCAAGCGCCUCAGCGACUACGCGCUCAUCUUCGGCAUGUUCGGCAUCGUCGUCAUGGUCAUCGAGACCGAGCUCUCCUGGGGGCUCUACUCCAAGGGAAAGCACCCUAGGAAGGAUGCGGAGACGCGUGAUGAGCUACAGCUGGGGCAGGAAUGUGUCGUGAGCGCGUGGGGUCUCAGCACGGAGGUUAUGGGGCCCUCCGGGGGGUUCCUGCUGGGGCUCAUCGUCGCCUGCCACACGCGCGAGGUGCAGCUCUUCGUGAUCGACAACGGGGCCGACGACUGGCGCAUCGCCAUGACGUACGAGCGCAUCCUCUACAUCAGCCUGGAGAUGCUGGUCUGCGCCAUCCACCCCAUCCCCGGCGAGUACAAGUUCUUCUGGACGGCCCGCCUGGCCUUCUCGUACACGCCGUCGCGCGCGGAGGCGGACGUGGACAUCAUCCUGUCCAUCCCCAUGUUCCUGCGCCUCUACCUGAUUGCUCGUGUGAUGCUGCUGCACAGCAAGCUCUUCACGGACGCCUCAUCCCGCAGCAUCGGGGCGCUCAACAAGAUCAACUUCAACACGCGCUUUGUCAUGAAGACCCUCAUGACCAUCUGCCCCGGCACCGUGCUGCUCGUCUUCAGCAUCUCCCUCUGGAUCAUCGCUGCCUGGACCGUGCGGGUGUGCGAGAGGUACCAUGACCAGCAGGACGUGACCAGCAACUUCCUGGGCGCCAUGUGGCUCAUCUCCAUCACCUUCCUCUCCAUCGGGCUGGAGCUCACCAAGGCCGAGAAGCACGUGCACAACUUCAUGAUGGACACGCAGCUCACCAAGCGGAUCAAGAACGCGGCAGCCAAUGUGCUCCGGGAGACGUGGCUCAUCUACAAGCACACCAAGCUGCUCAAGAAGAUCGACCACGCCAAGGUGCGCAAGCACCAGCGCAAGUUCCUGCAAGCCAUCCACCAGCUGCGGAGCGUGAAGAUGGAGCAGAGGAAGCUCAGCGACCAGGCCAACACGCUGGUCGACCUCUCCAAGAUGCAGAAUGUCAUGUACGACCUCAUCACGGAGCUCAACGACCGCAGCGAGGACCUGGAGAAGCAGCUGGGCAGCCUGGAGGCCAAGCUGGAGCAGCUGAGCGCCAGCUUCAACGCGCUGCCCCUGCUCGCGGGUAUGAGCCCGUCCAGCCACCAGUGGCCUCACGGGGCAGGGGCUGCAGCACCGGGCGCCUUUUCCCGUCAGGCAGAGCGUGUCACCCUCUUCUUCCUCAUCCUCCGUGUCCCCAUCCUGCCUGGAGCCCGGAGCGCGGAAAGGUGCCGAAAGCUCUGA